CCGGGCUCGGGCCGAGCGCCGGGGCCAUGGCGCUGCGCGCCCGGGCGCUGUACGACUUCAGGUCGGAGAACCCGGGCGAGAUCUCGCUCCGCGAGCACGAGGUGCUGAGCCUGUGCAGCGAGCAGGACAUCGAGGGCUGGCUGGAGGGCGUCAACAGCCGCGGCGACCGCGGCCUCUUCCCGGCCUCCUACGUGCAGGUGAUCCGCGCGCCCGAGCCCGGCCCGCCCGGCCACAGCGCCCCGGCGCGCUACGCCAACGUGCCGCCCGGGGGCUUCGAGCCGCCGCCCGCCCCCGCCUCCGCCUCCCCGCCGCUGGCCCUCGGCCUCCCGUACGGCGGCGGCUACCAGGCCAGCCAGGGCAGCGACGACGACUGGGACGACGAGUGGGACGACAGCUCGGCCACCGUGAGCCGCAACCUCAACCGCUUUUCCACCUUCGUCAAGUCUGGCGGGGAGGCGUUCGUGCUGGGCGAGGCGUCGGGCUUUGUGAAGGACGGGGACAAGCUGUGCGCGGUGCUGGGACCCUAUGGCCCCGAGUGGCAGGAGAACCCCUACCCGUUCCAGUGCACCAUCGACGACCCCACCAAGCAGACCAAGUUCAAGGGCAUGAAGAGCUACAUCUCCUACAAGCUGGUGCCCACGCACACGCAGGUGCCUGUGCACCGGCGCUACAAGCACUUCGACUGGCUGUAUGCGCGCCUGGCCGAGAAGUUCCCCGUCAUCUCAGUGCCACACCUGCAGAAGCAGGCCAUGGGCCGCUUCGAGGAGGACUUCAUCUCCAAGCGCAGGAAGGGCCUGAUCUGGUGGAUGAACCACAUGGCCAGCCACCCGGUGCUGGCCCAGUGCGACGUUUUCCAGCAUUUCCUGACCUGCCCCAGCAGCACGGACGAGAAGGCCUGGAAACAGGGCAAGAGGAAGGCCGAGAAGGACGAGAUGGUGGGGGCCAACUUUUUCCUGACCCUGAGCACCCCGCCUGCUGCCGCCCUGGAUUUGCAGGAGGUGGAGAGCAAGAUCGACGGCUUCAAGUGCUUCACCAAGAAGAUGGAUGAUAGUGCCCUGCAGCUCAACCACACAGCCAACGAGUUUGCACGCAAGCAGGUAACAGGCUUCAAGAAGGAGUACCAGAAGGUGGGCCAGUCCUUCCGUGGCCUGAGCCAAGCCUUUGAGCUGGACCAGCAGGCCUUCUCUGUGGGCCUGAACCAGGCUAUCGCUUUCACCGGAGAUGCCUACGAUGCCAUCGGCGAGCUCUUCGCGGAGCAGCCCAGGCAGGACCUGGAUCCGGUCAUGGACCUAUUAGCGCUCUAUCAGGGCCACCUGGCCAACUUCCCGGACAUCAUCCAAGUUCAGAAAGGAGCUCUUACCAAAGUAAAGGAGAGUAGGCGGCAUGUGGAAGAGGGGAAGAUGGAGGCCCAGAAGGCUGAUGGCAUCCAAGACCGCUGCAACACGAUUUCCUUUGCUACUUUGGCUGAAAUUCACCAUUUCCAUCAAAUUCGAGUAAGAGACUUUAAGUCACAGAUGCAGCAUUUCUUACAACAGCAAAUAAUAUUUUUCCAAAAAGUAACACAGAAGUUGGAAGAAGCUCUUCACAAAUAUGAUAGUGUUUAAUAUCUGGACAUUGGAUUGUGGACUCUUUUCAGUUCAAGGAUAAUUUCUACAGCAGAGUAAAAACUGCUAUCAAAGAACUAUUGCCAACUAUCAGUGGUGGUACAAGGAUGGUUUUGUGUUCAACUGAAGCCCAGCUGAAUAUAUAAUUAUGUAGAAGAGAAACAGUUAAUAUGGUUAUAUAAUAGAAACAGUACCACACAUUGUAACUAAAUUAUACUAUGUAUGCCUACACUACCAUUGUAACUUUUGGAAUAAUGAUUAUACUAUUUGCCUUAUUGCUUUUUGAAGUAUGGGUAUUUUAGUGCAUACUUUGUAGACCUCAAAGCCCACAAAGGGUCUCAAAGAAGCUGGCUGGAUAACAGCCUGCUGUGGAUGCCUUCUUACUCUCCUAGAUUGGGAUUACCUAAAUUCAACCUAUUCUCUGUUUACAAACUCCAACUAGAGCAGCUAUGCGACUUUGUGCCUUUAGACUCUUGGGUUUUCCUUUCUGCUCCUGCCCCCCUCUUAAGUAAGCCCCACAUUUUCUGGUCAGAAGAGUGAAAGGCCAGUGCAUUUGAUGACGCACUGACGAUAGCCUGCUGUUGCUGGGGUGGGGGUCGCAGGAGGCUCGGUCUCCAUCAGCUUGCACAGCGGGCGUCAUCUCCUGGUAAGACGCUGGUGAAGGGAGAAGAGCGAAGCUCACUUGUCCUUGGAUGUGAAGCGUGCUGGGGAAGAGACGGUGCGCCCUGUCCUAGAUGCGCCAGUAGUGUAGCCUCUGCACACGGGAGUCCUAAGGCAAGGUGCGAAGA